UUCCUAGAAGUGGAAGGCAAUAAAUUGCUGUGAUGUCAGUUGGGGAGUCUUCCCAGAAAAUUCUGGAAAUGGAGAGCUUCCACACCAGGUUCAGUGCUUGGACACCUUUUAGCAACAAGUCUUUAAAUAGACAGCUCUUCCAGGAAAGAGUCGCGCUGAUCAGUCAUUGGUUUGACCUGUGGACCAACAAACAACGUCAGGAAUUCUUGUGCACAAUGCUUUCACGAUGCACUAAAUUACAAUUAAGGUUUGUCCAGGACUGGUUUUCAGAAAGGAAGCAAGUGGCCAGGGCGGAUUUCUGCAUGGUGCUCCCGCGCUGUAUUGCUCUCUACAUCUUCUCCUUUCUAAAUCCGAAAGACUUGUGUGCAGCUGCUCAAGUCAGCUGGCCCUGGAAGUUUCUAACAGAACAGGAUUGCUUGUGGAUGCCUAAAUGCAUUAGAUUUGGAUGGUUUCUGCCCUAUACUCCAACAGAUAAUGAGUAUGGCGCUUGGAAGCGCCAUUAUAUUGCUUGUGUGUCCAACCUGGACUGGCUAACCCCCAGGGAAGCUUCUGCUAUGUAUGGGACACUAAAUGAACCCAAAACGGAGGACGAGGAGCUUCAGGAGAGGCAAAGAGAAAAGCACCUGAGGAAAAUAAUCUGGGGGAAAAUUGCACUACGUAAGAAGCAGUUAUUCAAAGCCCGGCCCCCCUGGGGGCGUGGGGCCUGCUGCUCCGUGCUUGAGAGCUCCAGCCACCAGGCCAGGCCCUCCCAGGUGGGGCAGGAGCCAGAGGGACCUCGUGAAGCUCUGGAGAAACAGCUCCUUUUGGCAUCCUUAGAUGCUUUACCCAAGCGAAACAAUGUUUCUGGAAUUCAUUCCUAUCCUUUAUCAUCAAAGAAAACUCAGCGUGGAGUUUUGGAAAAUGAGGAUAACUUUUCACAUACGUCUCAGCUGCAUGUCAUACUAAUAUCAUCUCGGAUUCCUGCAUACGAGAUGGUUCUGGACAGCACUAAGGCCGGGAUUGUUGCUGUGGUGUAUGAACACAGUGGCACAACUUUGGAAAGCUUGCUUUGUCUUGUAGACAGAGCUCUGCACGGUCAGAAGGCACAGAGUGUGGGGAUAUUUAGUGAUGGAGACAGCAGAGAAAUCAACUUACUCAAAGGUUAUAAAAUUACUAUUAAAAAUUUAUUGAGGCCUGAAGUGAGAGACUUCUGGGAGAAAUUAGGAAGCUAUGUGGCCACUGAAGAAGAAGGGGGACACGUGGACAUCUUUGUGCCACUUGGCACAUCUGAGGAAGGCAUAGAGGUUCUUUCUCAGCUGUCUCAACUAACUGGCACAUUCUUUACUGCCCCCACUGGGAUUGCAACUGGCUCUUACCAACACAUUUUCAGUGACUGGUUGGGACAGCGGUGGAUCCAAGUUCCUUCCAUCAUCUACUUCAGUGAGUCCAAACUUCAGACUUGGUCCAGCCUCACAGACGCCCUGGAAGACACCCUGAAAUCAGUGAGGAAAGAGUUAAACCCUCUCUUCAAGGACCUGCAGAAGAGCAUCAGUGGCAGGAUAGUAGGGCAAUUUCUGUUUGACACGAUGAAUUUGGCCAACAUUUUGCAUAUCCAAGAAACUGCACGAGCUCUGGCAGAUGGAUUGGUGGAGCUGUCAAAAGAGGAUUCUGACAAACCUUUGGAAUUUUUGUCACAUUUCCUGCUGAAGAAAUGUAGUAAAAAGAGCAGCAACUCUGAAGGAAAUGCCACUCCCAUGGAAUGUGACCCUGAAGAAACCUUUGCUUCGUUGAAGGAAAAAAACAUCCCAGAAGUCAGUUCUCUGGAUCCGAAAUCAAGUCUCAGCAAAGGCAAUGUAAAUGUGGAAGUUCUGGCUAAGCUGGAGAGGAAGCUUGGGCCUCCGGGGUCUGCGGACCCGCGAGCCGGGGUCGUCCGCGAGCUCCUGGGCAGCGAGCGGCGCUUCGUGCAGACGCUGGCGGCCGUGAGCCAGGUCUACGCCCGGCCGCUGCGGGCCGCGCUCGCCUCCAACCGGGCCAUUCUCAGCGCGCCCAACCUGCGCAUCAUCUUCGCCGACGCCCUGCGGGUUCUCAGCGUCCACAGGCAGUUUCUAGACAACCUGAGAGACAGACUACAAGACUGGGGCCCGGCUCACUGUGUGGGGGAAAUAUUUACAAGGUUUGGGAGCCAGUUGAACAUACACACCAAUUUCUUCAACAACUACCCUGUUAUCCUGAAGACCAUUGAGAAGUGCAGAGACAGGCUCCCGGCUUUCCGAGCUUUCCUGAAGAGACGAGAUAAGAGCAUUGCUACCAACAUGCUGAGCCUGCCAGAGCUGCUUCUGUGCCCAUCCCGGAGGUUUGGGGAAUAUGUCCAUCUUCUCUACGCCCUCCGGCUCCACACGCCUGCAGGACACGCCGACCGGGAGGACCUCACCGCUGCCAUUAAGCAAAUCAAGAGCUAUCAAGGGUUCAUAGAGCAGAUGAAAGAAAACAUUAAAAUGAAAGAACAGCUGUCAGAUGUACAGAAAAUCAUCUGGGGCUGCCCGGUUCUGUCAGAAGUAAACAGAUAUCUGAUUAGAGUCCAAGACGUAGCCCAGAUCCACUGCUGUGACGAGGGAGUCAGCUUCUCUUUAAGGCUCUAUGAACAAAUCCACGAUCUCAGCCUCUUUCUCUUCAAUGACCUGCUGCUUGUUUCAAGUCGGGUCACAUCCUACAAGCCAUUUGAGAGGACUCCAAAAACCACCUACCACUUCAUCGCAUCCGUCGCCCUUCACAGGUUACUUGUGGAAGAUAUUCCAGACUCCAAGUAUGUCAAGAAUGCAUUUAUUCUUCAAGGUCCAAAGCAUGAAUGGGUUUGUGCUACUGAGGCAGAAGUUGAGAAGUUCUCAUGGCUCUCAGCACUCCAGGACGCCAUGAGGCAGAGCCUGGAGAAGUGAGAGGGGA